AUGUUCUCUUGCGGGGCGAGGACGGCGCCUUACGAGCUGACAGCGGGCGCUGGCGCGGGCGGCGGGUGUAAUGGUGCGCUGUUGGCGGCGCACGUGCCUGCCCAGCCGCCCGCGCCGAUGCCUCACCCGACGCAACUCCUCAACGGAAUGCGCAAGAGGAAGACCCACCACCUCUCGGAGAGCUACGAGAUGCCGAGCCGCGAAACUUCCAUGGUCGCAUCGUCGACAUCGUCUAUCGCAGUGUCUGACAGCACCAGUAGAAAGCGAAAAUCGUCAUCAUUUGGCAAUAGCAGCACUUUUGACGACGAUGGCACAGAAGUAUCCCGAUCAACACGCACCCUGCCUGAUAAGAAACAGAAUCACAGCGAGAUCGAGAAACGCCGCCGCGACAAGAUGAACACAUAUAUAUCGGAGCUGAGCUCGAUGAUACCCAUGUGCGGGGCUAUGUCUCGCAAGCUGGACAAGCUGACUGUGCUGAGAAUGGCGGUGCAGCACCUGCGCUCGGUGCGCGGCGCCCUCUCCGCUGGCCCGUUGACCGCUCGGCCCCGACCCUCGUUCCUAUCCGAGAGCGAGAUGAACUCUCUAGUGCUGCACGCGGCCCACGACACCUUCUUAAUGGUGCUGGGCUGCGACCGCGGGAGGCUCCUCUACGUCUCGACGUCAGUCAGUCGAAAGUUGAACUACGACCAGUCGGAACUUUUGGGCCAGAGUUUAUUCGACAUACUGCAUCCCAAAGAUGUGGCGAAGGUUAAGGAGCAGCUAUCUGCCGCCGACCUCAAUCCGCGCGAGCGUCUCAUCGACGCGAAAACGAUGCUACCGGUGAAGGCCGACGUGGUGACGGGCGCGUCCCGGCUCUGCCCGGGCGCCAGGCGCUCCUUCUUCUGCCGCAUCAAGUGCCGCCCCAACGGCACCGUGGGCACUCUCAUCAAGGAGGAGGCGUGCAACGGCACCAAGAUCAGGAGGAAGCAGAACGAGCGGAAGUACUGCGUGGUGCAGUGCACAGGAUACCUUAAGUCCUGGGCGUCAGCCGAGAUGGAGGCCUCCGGAGCCAGUCCCGGUGAUGACGCGGGCGAGGAGGCGGAGCCGGGCAGCCUGUCUUGUCUCGUGGCGGUGGGCCGAGUGCUCAGUGACCUGUCGCCACUGCACAACCAGCUGGUGCCCACGCCAACGAUGCAACCGGCGCGGCCACUGCAAUACGUUUCCCGUCACACCACCGACGGGAAAUUCCUGUUCGUCGACCAGAGAGUGACCCUCGCCUUGGGCUUUCUACCGCAAGAGCUGUUGGGCACCAGCCUGUACGAGUACGUGAGCGCCCCCGAGCUGAGUAUGGUGGCGCGCACACACAAGACGGCCUUGCUGCAACGCGACGCCAUGCACACGUCGCCCUAUUACUUCCGCCGGAAGGACGGCACCAUGGCGAAGAUCACGACCCACUUCAAGCCGUUCAGGAACCCGUGGUCGAAGGAGGUCGAAUGCCUGGUCGCCAACAAUACCGAGGUGGUGGAAACUUUCGCCACCCUCGAGCCAGAUCCGCUCUCGCCAUACGAUAUAUUCAAGCAGAGCGCGGACUCGCUAGUGGACGCGUUCGACUGUGACAUAGCUGGUGCGCUUUCAGAGGGCGACGCAGAAAUGCAACGGCUCAUCGAUUCGCAGCUAGAGUCCCACAAGAUAGGUAACGCGAUCGCGGAGGACGCGCUGCGCGACUCCUCCUCGGAAUUCUCCCCGGAGCUGCCCGCCGACCUGCUGCACGACGAGCUCUUCGACCAGCAGCCGGUGCACGGCGACAACGUGCUCGGCGCGCAAAUGGCGCACAACUACAUGCAGAUCCGCAACAACGUGACGCUCGCCGCGGCCGGCGGCGCGAACUCGCCGCCGCCCACCGGGCCCGUGAACGGGCUGAGGGCGCACGGCACCCCGCCGCCCGCCUCGCCGCCCGCCGCCUCGCUGGGGCUGGACGGGAACGGCGAGGCCGCGAUGGCGGUGAUCAUGAGCCUGCUGGAGGCGGACGCGGGCCUGGGCGGGCCGGUCAACUUCUCCGGCCUCCCGUGGCCCCUGCCC